CUGCUCAAACCGGAGAGGGUGACCUGAUGAGCAAGCAACAUAUUUUUCCCUUUGACUUUAGGAAGAUCUAGUUUAGUUCUGAAAUUUUGAAGUUUUGGUGUGCUUUUAGCAAGUUUACUAAAUUUAGAACAAAAUUACUAAAAGCUUGAACACCACGCAAAACGUCAGGAAGUGCAUCUUUGUUCUCUAUUUCUCCGAGCAGCGCGGCAGAGUUUUUUCUCACCAGCCCCGGGAUGAAGCUGUCAGUGUUGCUGCUGUUAGCCCUGCUGGCUCUGUCUUCAGCCAGUCCUCUUGACAUCCUGAAGAGCACAGAGCAAAGAAAUGCGCUACUGAAUCCAAGUCUGGGGGAAAGAGUUCCUAGCAUCACAGCUAACCAAUUGACAAAUCAUGCUAUUAAGGUUAAGAGAGAUCUCAAAGUGAUUGAGAACAACGUGGGCAGGUCCUCCUCACUCAACGUUGAUCAAACCAACCUGGAAUGGCAGACCUUUAAUGGCUCUCUCCCCAAUGGAGCAGUUUCAGUCUACAACAAAUAUGUUGAUCGCAUCGACUAUGUUUGCAAAUAUGGCCUUGAGGCCGGCUUAUAUAACCCUUACCAGAGUCCUCACUGCCUCUUCCCCUAUAGAGACAAAGAGCUUCGUGGCUCUCCAUUUGAGAUCCUGGUAAACAAAGACAAUUUUGAGAUUAUUGAAUGGAAGGAUGGCUCCUAUGGUUCAGUGCCUGAGAAUGCCGUCGAGACCUUCCCCGGGAGCAAGAUAUAUAUUGGUAAGAACAAGUAUGGUCUUGGGAAGGUAGAUGUUAAAAAUGAGGCCUUCAUCCUUCCAUGGGAAGGUGAUGAGUAUUGGCACAAGAGCUACCAGGUCCUUACCUUUAACAAAGAUGUAAUUCACGAGGACAUAUCUGAUGUCAAGUAUAAAACUGAUGGGGUUAAAGUCAUACCUUAUCCUUCAGAGACCUUCAAAGAAUCGGUCCUCACCAACGAUUUCUUCGAGCCAAUGACACUGGCAACAAUGCUCUCAAAGACAACCCAAAAGGAGCAUAGGUGGGACACCAGCUUUUCACUCACAAUAGGGGCUAACACUACCAUCACUGCCGGAAUCCCCUCAGUGUUCUCUGGUGGUAUUGAGGUUGGCGCUGAAAAGACCUUCCAGUUCACCAACGGGACCACUUAUACCGAGAUGAUCUCCAACACUGUUUGUGUUUUGGUCACAACCCCACCAAGGCGCUCCUGCCGUGCCAGUAUGGUGGAAUUUAAGUACGGGGAAAACAUCCCAUACACUGCACGCCUUAGCCGCACCUACAGAAAUGGGAAGACCACAUGGACGUCAAUCUCUGGGACCUACAGCAGCGUCCAAAUGAGAGGAGUCCGGAGUGUGGUGGAUCGCUGUAAUCCUGUAGCUGAUCCCACACCUGAUCCAUCUUCUUCUGAAGAGUCCGGCAUGUGGAGUGGGGACAAAACUGUCGACGUGUCCACAUAAUACAAUUCUUCCCUGGUUGCGUUGACAGUUUUGUUCUCAUUACUUAGAAUUACGUGACAGAAACUAUGCUCUAUAGCUUUAAAGAGAAUAAUGAAAUAUGCUCUUAAGAUAACCCAUUGCAUGUCCAUGACAUUGAAAUGAAAAGCUAAAAAUAAACCUGCUUUUGUGUUAUAUAUACUUUAACAUAUUAUGUCUAACUACUUGUCAUUUAAAUUGUUCAAAGCAAAGAAGGAAAUCU